CAGCUGGAGAUUAAAUGUCUGAAGGGGUACGGGACUGUAAAAAGUUUGGGAACCACUGAUCUAGACCUUAGACCAGGGGUCCCCAAACUUAAUCUGAGGAGGGCCAGAUCACUCUGCCCUCUUUGGCAGGGCCAGAGUAUGUCAGUAACAGUAAAUAGUACUGUGGGAAUAGUAUUGUGGCCUUUUGACCAUUGGUUGUGGAGGUUUUCGCCACAACAAAUGCUUUCAUUGGGACUGGUGAGUAUUGUAUUAAUCUAAUCUAAUUCUCUGUAUUAAGUCUGGAAACAUACAGUCUUAUUUAACCUGUGCGUAUGUUUACAUUUUUAAUACAAACCCUUCAAUGUGCAACAUACAAAUGUGAUGAACGUUCAUUUUAACUUUUCAAAACACAUUUCAUUAUAGAAUUGAUUUGGUUUCUUUCAAAAACUAUAUUAAUUAGUACUUUCUUUCAUAUCAUAUUUUAAAAUAAAAUGUUGUUAACCAUACACAUUUGGACAAUGUUUAAUGCAAUUGGUUUUCAAGAUUAUUUAUAAUAGUUAUCUGUCGUUUUUUUAUUUAAUAUAUAAGUCUUCAUGUCAUAAGUUUAUAAUUAUUCAUGUCAUUAUAACUGAAUGUUAUUAACUUGUCAGAAUGAACACAUAUCCAGGUUCAAUUAAUCUUUAAAAAGUGCACUUUAAAUGAAUACCAUAUACCAUUACAAUAAACAAUUGUGAAAAAGUGGAACACAAGCUCAAAAGUUCAAAAGUCUUUAUAUACUGAUUUCUUGUUACAGAGGAAAAAAAGGAAAAAGAUAAAAAGAGGAAGCUGCAAAUGUCCUGAAUUUCAAAACUUUAUUUGCUGAUGUCAUACAGCCCCUCCUCCCCCUCAUCCUUAUUUAACCACGAAACCCACAACUGGCACUGUUGGCACUGGCAACUGGACGUCCCAUCCUUUGCCAACGCACUGAUUACUCCUCUUAUGAGUUUCAUUUGAAUUUGUCAAAAUGCUCCCAGAGACAAACUUCACCACAACUUCAAACCGCACAACCACGAUUCCUAAUAGUGGUGAUGGUGGCUGCCCACCAGUUGGUAUUCAACUAGAAGGUGUGAUCCUGCCCCCAGUCCUCACCGUUGAUGUCAUACUGGGGCUGCUGGGAAACACAGUCGCCCUGUGGAUAUUCUGCUUUAAACUGAAGACAUGGAACCCUAACCACCUGUUCCUCUUCAACCUGGUUAUCGCCGACUUCAUGGCUCUAUUUAGUCUGCCGCUGAGGAUCGAUUCCUUGCUCAGGGGCCACUGGGUGUUUGGAGAUGGCCUGUGCCGGAUCAACCUCUUCCUGAUGUUUACUAACCGCUCGGCCAGCAUUGCGCUCAUGACCGUGGUGGCCAUUUACCGCUACUUUAAGGUGGUCCACCCUCACCACCGCUUCAACCGCAUGACCAAGCGGCAGGCUGCGUUUGUGUCGGUGUUAGUCUGGCUGUUGGUGAUCAGUCCUCGGGUUCCCAUGCUGGCUUACAACCACAUUAAGGGCAGCGGCAACAACACUCAGUGCUUCUUUUUCACUUCUUACAAAGAGGCAUCCCGCGCCAUCAUCAUCCUGGUGGCCAUGCACCGCAUGCUGACGGUGCUGGAGUUCAUCUUCCCACUGGCCAUGCUGCUGUUCUGCUCCAUCCGGAUCUCCAGCUUCCUAAGGGCACGUCAGAUGGGAAAGGCUGACAAGCUGCGCAAGGCAAUGCGAGUGUGCGCCGCCAUCGUUGCAGUGUUCAUGGUGUGCUUCCUACCGACCACAGUGACGACCAUCGGAGUGUGGGUCAUCCGCUCAUACCGCCCGUGGGACUGUGCCACCUUCUACACCUUCACCCAGCUCACCAUUGUGUCUUUUGGGCUGAAUUUCCUGAACUCGGCACUAGACCCCAUUGUCUACGUCUUCUCCAGCUCCAUGUUCAGGAAGGCCCUUUUGGGUGCGUUGUCCUGUGCCAUGCGCUGUGGACAGAACACAGGCGAGAACACGCCGUCUUCGUCAGGAACUCAGUCAACCACCCAGGAGGAGCUGAAAUCCAUGAGGGCCAGUGGGGAUACCUAGAGGACGCCAGGGAAGCACGGCCUCUUCAGAAUAAAAUGACCUGAGAUGUGAACCUCUCUAUAACAACAACAAACACUUCACGUGAUUAUAUUCCAAUUUGAAUUAAGUGGCGUACCUUAUAUUUUAUCGUGAUUAUGGUGACAGGAAAGCUUUUCAAUGUUAUAUCGUUGUAGGUUUCUCGCUUAACAGCAGCCUAUUUCAGGCCGCCAAGGGACAGAGGUCAUUGUCGUAGUAAGCAAUGGAUGUAUUUGGUUAAGUUGUCAUUCAAGCACCUGCUAAAUAUUAAAAAGAAAGGGAGGCCGACGCCAGAUUUCCCAUUAGAGCAUAGUUAACUACUGCUAGCAAUCCGUGGUUUACCACAGGGUGUGCAGAUUUAUCUAAUUUGGUUAGAGCAGUUGGCAGACACAAGAAAUCAAAGUCCCAUAUUACAUCUAGUCUUAAAUUAAAGGAAUUCGGCUAAGUAAUUGCCAUGAGCAUCCAAAAACACAAUAGCUCGGUAACUAAAAACCGUUACCAUUAAAAAUAAAAUAUAAGUGUGGUGUUGUACAUGGGAGAGCAAGAAGUGGCAUUUCGUGGGCAUAAUGAAUCUGCUAUUAGUCUGAACAGGGAUGAUUUCAUUGAGCUUAUUGAUGCCAGAGAGUCGUAGAUCCCUUCGCCUCAUUGAAUAAGAGCCACGGUCGUAUAAGUUAGUUGGGCUGGAGCCGUAUAUAUGUACCAAUCAUCCGAUGUUUGUGAAAGAGAUUGUUACUUCGACUACCGUGGUAUGAGGAGAGUUCCCGAUGUUCAGUUUAUGUUGUACAUUGUACUUACAGUACCGACAAGGCAGCCCAUUUGUCCAAUCAUUCACAAUUUAGAUAGUCUCAAUCCUACACAGCAUGCAUGGCAAGACAUUUGUUACCUGGAUGAUAUCGUUCUUAGUUUGAUCUUUGAACUUUGAUUUGGACAACAAAAUGGACAAUAUUACAUAUUAUAUAUAAUUAUAUAUGUAUUACACACCGUUACUGUGAAAUGUAGCACCGUAAUGCAAGUUUAGCCCCAUAUUGGUACACAUUGUGCACCUUUAGGAAAUGUACUGUAUUGGGGUUCUAUAAUAAACUUGUCAUGCUUCACUAUUGGUGAAGGUUUUUUUCUUAACAUUCAGAAUGUUUUGCUGCUGUUCAUUUUUUUUUUAAAUAAUCCUUUGUAAUAUUGUUUAACUACUGUGAUUUGUUCAAAAUGGAACAAAACAAAUAGGAAAACAACUUUGCCAUUUCAGUAUUUUAAUGUUUGACUUGACUUUUAUUAAAACUUAACAGAAUCUUUAA